AGAAUUUUUUUUCUCAUUACUGGUACGUAUUCGAGACCUCAUCCGUUUGGAAAUUCUUUGAUUUUUUGAUCCGUUUCGUCAGGAAUUUAAUUGAGUCGAUAAAAACCCUUCAGGCAUCGACUUCAAGGUCAAUAUCAUGGAGCUGCCAUCGUCCUCUGCAGAAGUAUUGAAAAUCCCAAAACACAAAUUCCAAUUGAAAAGAGUAAUCGAUGAGCAAUUUUGUGCUGCGUGUUCCAAAUUGAUUGCUCCUAAUACAAGGGCAUUAGUUUGCUACUUUUGUAAUAUCCUUAUUCAUACUAACUGCAGGGAACUUGUCCCUCCUUGCAAGUUGAUGCCGGACGCCGAGUUUCUCAAGGGAAUACCGGGGACGCUUCAGGCUUCGGCGCCUCCAGUACCGCCAUACGUACCGUCUCUGGUCGUCCGUUUAGUAAAAGAAGUCGAAUCACGUGGUAUGAGCACAAAAGGUUUGUACUCAAUGAAAGCUGACGAGAAACCAGCCAUGCAGUUGUUGAAUAAAUUGAUGAAUAACGGUCAAGAUAUAAACUUGAAUAAAAUCAACAUUAACGUGAUUGCCUCGACCCUGAAAUUGUUUCUGCUGACGUUGAGGAAGGGUUUACUCAUAAACAGAAAUCAUUACCAAGAGUUUGAGGCUGCAGUUGAGAAUUAUAAGAAUUAUUACCUGCCGAAUGAGGCACUGAAAGAGGCGGUUUCGAAAUUGCCGCAAGCCAAUCGGGACACUCUCGCUUUUGUCAUGAUCCAUUUGCAAAGAGUCUCCGAAAGCCCGGCAUGCAAAAUGUCCAAAAGGGCUCUUGCUAUUGAAUUUGCAUCAGUCCUGGUCACCAAGGAAGCCAACCUACGGAGUCAAAUCGCAAUCGUUGAAAGCUUGCUCAAAAUGCCACGGUACUAUUGGUUACAACUCAUCAGCUAUGAGCAGCUCGGGUCCAGGUCCACGUCCAGCCCCAUCUCGACCUCCCGCCGCUCUCGGUGGCCAUCUUCGAUCAGGGAGGAAAUCGAAUCCACUGAGGAUGCGAACGACGAGUUCGUUUUCAAGUUUUAUUGAUUCGAUCGCAGGUUUCCGGCCAGAAUAAGCGGAAUUCAUUAUUACAAUACCGCUGCAAUAAUUAUGUGAACCAAUUGGCAAGCAAUUAUUUUGUGUUUUAAUUGAUUGAAGAAAUAAAAAUAUAAAAAACGUU